CUAAGUUUCAUGACAGAGACAUAAUUAACAUUCGAAGAAUUGGAAGUAAAAUUCAGAGAGAACCUCUCGCCAGUGAUAAUUUGAUUGCAUAUGAGGAUACAAUGACUUAUAAGCCACCGACUAGUGACGUGUGUCAGUGAACGUCCAUGAAAACGUUAUGACUACGUGCACAGCAGAGAACGGCACAUCAUUGCAGUGUAGCCAGGGCUGCUGUGGGGCGGGCAACCAACAAGAGUGCUGUUCUUACACAUUAUCCGAAAGCACGCUGAUUAUCAUUUGUGUGAUCGGGUCGGCGUUAAUUAUUGCGAUACUGUCGGCACUUAUCGUGUGUAUCACGAACAAACAGAAGAACAGCGUCACUCGCAUCACGCCGCGCCAACGCAGACAGUUUACAGUCAGAGAAGCUUCUCGGCGAGAAGCCGAUCUCCGGGCGCCACCACCGCCACCGCCAUACACCGACUUGCCACCACAGUACGACUCCAUUAUCGCCGCCGACAACCCGGACCUCCACCAGAUCCCGGGCUCCACUAUUGAGCGAGUUCCCCGACAGCGUUUAGGAGAUGUUCCAAUGACACGGGUUGGUAACACGACGCAGGAGAUGGGCGUUACUCGUUCACAUGUACCGCCACCUUACACAAGCGUCGUCAAUAACAACACCACGUCUACAUCGCAGAACCAAGAGUCCGGUCAUCUUGAACUUCUUGGGCUCUCGCGACCUCUGCACAGAAGUGAAAGCGAACGGUCGGUGGAAAUUGCUGCACACGCGUUUCGUAGCAGGCUAUCACAUGGCCACGGCAAUAAUUCAGUUUCACCAUUGACUAUUCGUGAAAUAUCAGUAGUCAACGAGACUCAAAGAGACCACACUAGUGGUUCCAUAAGAAACACUGCGGGAACAAGUUAUGAAAUACGACGCACAUGUAAUAUUCUAGGUUCUAAUCAGCUAACGCGCAAUCGUAUCUUAAACUCGCGAACUGCAAGUAAUUCCACAAACAAGAAUACGCCGACGGGCCAUUCUACGGGAGCCACGCUAUGGCCUGAGUCUCCGACCAACCUUACAACGACCGCCGCGCAAAGGAGCGCACAAAGAAGAGCAGUUAUCGAGAAACUCCAAAUAAGGAAAGACAAUGCUUCCUAGUGCAAGUGUAUUAAUCAUACUUUCAUCAUUUGCGUAUGCUUUCUGAGAUUAUAUGUAGACAUCUGGCUGCCGCAUUUUACGUUAGUUUUAAACCUCCUUCUCGCUGUUGAUAUUACAAGACAACAAUUUACUAAAUUAGUUCGUCUGACAUCCCCAGUCAUAUUCUUCUACUUUGGUGAUCCGAGGAAAUGUCGGAUUCAUACAAUAUUAAUUUAUGUAUUGUUCAACGUCAAGGUACUAAGUGACAGGCCGGGUCGAACUCGCAUGGAUGAAGGGAAAACGUAACACAAGCUUUGAAUGAAAAUAGGGCAUUUGUUAAUGCCAUAAAAGUGUUUUUACGAAAUAUCGUAAAAUAAAACAUAAGUGUCAAUAGCAUUUGUAUAAUAACAUUUCCCGAAAUACAUAUCUGGGCGGUUUUUAAUAUUAAUAUAUUGGUAUUCCAUAACGUUACAUAACCAGGUGUCCUAUUUACAACAACAUGUGCUGCCUGCACGAGUUAGUAAAUGGAUUAUCACUCGUACGGCUACGUUUUUGGAAUCAUUAACGUUUUUAACUUAAUUACUUUAAUCUAAUACAAUCAUGCAAUCAUGCUAUGUGUGCGAUACUAAAACUAUUUUUGGGGUGAAAGGUAUAGACAUAAACAACAAAAGAUUA